CUCUCCCAGCGUUGUUUAGUACCUUGUUCCCGUUUUUUCAGCAGACAAAACACAGAAGCCUCACAGCCAUGGCGACAGUGUCACCGCCGCAACAACAACAACAAGAAUCGGCUUCACUUUCAAAGAAGAGAAAGCAAAAGAGAAAGACAAGAGUACAUGACCCAGAACUCGAACGACUUGACUCACUCCCGUGGAACUCGUCUCUUCGCGACAAAGAAGAAGAUGACACUUUCUCUCUCUUCAUUGGCUCUGGGGACCUUGAUGGAGGUUUUCUUUCCCUUGAAGAGAUUGACGAAGCUAAUUAUGGUUUAGACGUACCUGGACCUAAGAAGAAAGUAUCUGAUAAAAAAUCAAAAUCCAAGGAAGAGAAACUAAAUGAAGUCACUAAGGGUCCCGCUGAAGAUGUUGAAGCUGAACCUGCAGAUGAAAUGGCUGAAGAGAAGAAUGCGAAGGCUAAAAAAAAGAAAAAGAAGAAUAAGAAGAGAAAGGCAAAGACAGCUCAACAAGAAGAGGAAUCUACAAUUGUUAGUGACAGCAAAGAUGAUGAGGAAGAAGAGAUGCUUGAUGAAGCUGAAGCUUACUCUGAAUUUUAUGCAUGGAAUGAGUUGAGGCUUCAUCCUCUGCUUAUGAAAUCAAUAUCUCGGCUUGGGUUCAAGGAACCAACUCCAAUACAGAGAGCUUGUAUUCCAGCUGCAGCUCAUCAAGGGAAGGAUGUUAUUGGUGCUGCUGAAACUGGAUCUGGAAAAACACUAGCAUUUGGCCUGCCCAUUCUCCAACGUCUCUUAGAAGAACGGGAUAAAGCUGCAAACAUGAUUGAGGAGAAGGGGGAGGAAGCAGAAAAGUAUGCUCCUAAAGGUGUUUUACGAGCUCUUAUCAUCACUCCUACUAGGGAACUUGCAGUCCAGGUUACUGAUCAUCUUAAGGAAGUUUCCAAGGGUAUCAGUGUUAGAGUGGUUCCUAUUGUGGGUGGCAUGUCAGCAGAGAAGCAGGAACGACUAUUAAAAACAAGGCCUGAGAUAAUUGUUGGAACUCCAGGGAGAUUAUGGGAGCUUAUCUCAGAGGGGGAAAAACAUCUUGUUGAGUUACAUUCAUUGUCUUUCUUUGUGCUGGAUGAGGCUGAUCGAAUGGUUGAAGCGGGGCAUUUCCGUGAGUUACAGUCAAUUAUUGAAAUGCUUCCUAUGACCACUGGUGUUACCAAAGGACAAUCUCAAAACACACAGAAUUGUGUGACAGUUUCAAGCUUAUCAAGAAAGAAAAGACAAACAUUUGUAUUUUCUGCAACUUUAGCACUUUCUACUGAUUUUCGCAAGAAGCUAAAGCGCGGUUCAUUAAAACCCAAGCAGCCUGCUGAGGGGCUGAAUUCUAUCGAAAUUCUAUCUGAGCGAGCAGGAAUGAGACCGAAUGCUGCCAUUAUUGAUCUGACAAAUGCAUCAAUUUUAGCAAAGAACCUUGAGGAAUCUUUUAUUGAAUGCAGGGAAGAAGAUAAAGAUUCCUAUUUGUAUUACAUUUUGAGCAUUCAUGGAGAAGGGCGAACAAUUGUUUUCUGUACAUCAAUUGCAGCUUUGCGUCAUAUUUCUUCCCUCUUGCGCAUCCUUGGCAUCAAUGUUUCAACACUUCAUGCUCAGAUGCAGCAGCGAGCUCGCUUGAAGGCCAUUGACCGUUUUCGUGCAAAUGAACAUGGCAUUCUUGUUGCCACUGAUGUUGCAGCAAGGGGCCUUGAUAUUCCUGGUGUUCGAACUGUUGUCCACUAUCAGCUUCCUCAUUCAGCAGAAGUUUAUGUACAUAGAAGUGGAAGAACUGCUAGGGCCUCUUCUGAUGGGUGCAGCAUUGCUCUUAUCUCUCCAAAUGAUUCCUCAAAGUUUGCAUCUCUGUGCAAAUCAUUUGCUAAGGAAAGCAUCAAACAAUUUCCUUUAGAGAACUCGUACUUGCCGGAGGUCAUGAAGCGUCUAUCUCUAGCACGCCAAAUAGACAAGAUCUUGCGAAAGGAUUCCCAGGAAAGGGCAAACAAAAGCUGGUUGGAGCGGAGUGCAGAGUCAUUAGAAUUAGUAAUGGAGAAUUAUGACAGUGAGGAGGAAAGAGUGAACAAUUUCAAGCAAAAGAAAGCCAGCUCCAAUCAAUUAAAGAAGUUACAGCAGGAGCUCAAUUUGUUGCUUUCACGACCGUUGUGUCCAAAAUCAUUUUCACAUCGCUAUCCAGCUGCAGCUGGUGUUACGCAUCUUAUACAACAUCAAUUUGAAGAAUUGGCUAAGCAAAAUGUAGGCGGCAACUUAGUUUCAGGUGAAAACAAGAGAAUGAAAUUGAUGGUUAUUGGUCAAGAUUGCAUGGAACCACUCCAGGCACUUCGGAAUGCUGGUCAUGAGGUGCACAUGGAUGUGAAAGAGAUGGCAGAAAAGCGAAGAAAUGUGGAGAGCUUGAGGAGAAAACGAAAAGAGGAGAAGAAACGUUUGCGUGACCAGCGUAGAAAGCAGAAGAAAAAAUUAGAAGGGAGACAGUGAGUAGAUGGCUUACCCCAGGUUUUCUUAUUUUUCAAUCCGGUAUAUUUCCUGAAGUGGCAAGUGGAAGUUGGCUCCACCCGAUAAUUUAUUCAAAGAAAACACUGAACUGUGAAAGUUAAGUUCCUUGUUUAGCCGAUAAUUUAUUAUCCUGCGUAGGCUACUCAUACAUAAAACAAUUUUGAAAAAUUCAAUUGAUCUUGCUUCUA